CAACAACAUGACGGUGAAAUGUAAACACAGACGAGUUCUCGCUAGCUUACAACUCGGCACUUUCAGAGUUUAUUCGACGAUUAUCGCGCUCUCCAGGCUUUACAUGGCCGCUCUCUUCCUUCGUUUACAAUCUCUGCUCGAUCAUCCGGACGGCAAAAUGGAAUCAUACGUAAACGGGAUACCCAACGAAGACCAGUCGCAAUACCACAGCAGUGGCAUCGCCAAACUCUUAGUGAGCAACCUCCCGGCCCAGGCUCGAUUUGAAGAUCUCGAACUGCUGUUCGCCAAUUACGGCCAGGUACAGAACAUCGAGAAGCUGUCGUCGCGAGACCCAAACACGCAGACCAUACUCGUCAGCUAUGAGACGCAGGAACAAGUACAGCACGCUGUGAACCAGUUGAAUGGCUACGAAUACGACGGCAACCCGCUGAAAGUGGAGAUGUCGGCAGAGGGCCGACGAAGAGGCCGCAGUCAGCGCAGUGGCGGCGUCGCCUUCUCCGGGUUGCCGGGCUCCGGUCGGCAGACCGAUUUCCCGCUGCGCAUCCUCGUCCAGUCGGACAUGGUCGGCGCGAUCAUCGGCCGACAGGGCUCGACAAUACGGCAGAUCACCCAGGUGUCCCGCGCCCGGGUCGACGUCCACCGCAAGGACAACGUCGGCUCCCUCGAGAAGGCCAUCACCAUCUACGGCAAUCCCGAGAAUUGCACCAACGCCUGCAAGAAGAUCCUGGACGUUAUGCAGCAGGAGGCGACGACUACGAAUAAGGGGUACGACGACGUCGCGAGUCGCGUUGAUACUCCCAAAAUGGAAUCUGAAAUCACUUUGAAGAUACUCGCGCACAAUAAUCUCAUCGGUCGAAUUAUCGGAAAGGGUGGUAACACGAUCAAGAGAAUCAUGCAAGACACCGAUUCCAAGAUAACUGUUAGCAGCAUUAACGAUAUUAAUAGUUUUAACCUUGAGCGUAUCAUUACGGUUAAGGGUACGAUCGAAAACAUGAGCAAGGCCGAGUCCAUGAUCUCCAGCAAGCUGCGCCAGAGUUACGAGAAUGAUCUGCAAGCUAUGGCUCCUCAAAGCAUGAUGUUCCCCGGUCUGCAUCCCAUGGCCAUGAUGUCCACCGCCGGUAUGGGCUACAGUUCCCGUGGACCCGGCCUCUACGGCUCGGGACCCGCCCCGUAUCCCUACCAGAGCAGCCUGCCUACUCAACAGGGCGUCCCCGCUAGCGACACUCAGGAGACGACAUUUCUAUACAUUCCCAACAACAGCGUCGGCGCCAUCAUCGGCACCAAGGGCUCCCACAUUCGCAACAUUAUCAGGUUCUCAGGUGCCAGCGUCAAGAUCGCCCCACUCGAACAGGACAAGCCGGCCGAGCAGCAGACCGAAAGAAAGGUCACUAUCGUCGGCUCCCCGGAAUCUCAAUGGAAGGCCCAGUACUUGAUCUUUGAGAAGAUGCGGGAGGAAGGAUACGUCGCCGGCACUGAAGACGUUAGACUGACCAUUGAGAUCCUCGUGCCCAGCACCCAGGUCGGUCGCAUCAUCGGCAAGGGCGGUCAAAACGUCAGAGAGCUGCAACGCGUGACCGGCAGCGUCAUUAAACUGUCGGAGCAACAAACCACUCCUCCUUCAGCUGAGGAAGAGACCACCGUCCAUAUCAUUGGCCCCUUCUUCUCUGUUCAGUCGGCUCAGAGAAGAAUCCGCGCCAUGGUUUUGCAGUCGGGCACACCUGGCGGAACCGGCGGUACUGGUUCGCGUGCAGGUCGCGGUAGCAGCCAGGAAGGCGCCUCCCGCUCCAAGAGAGACGGCAGCGCGACUUCCCAAGGCGGCGCGUCGUCGCAGCCCGGCUCUCAGCAGCAGCAAUCGAGCGGCUCGCCAUCCAGCCAGCAGCAGGCGCCACAAUCGCCGCAAAGCCAGUAACAACGUCGAUGACAUCCCAACAUUGACGCGGACCGACGCCUAUCCGUUUUAUUCGCCGGAGUGGCCUCGUCGUCGCUUUGACAUUCUCUCUCGUCGAGAGGGCCGAGCUUCAUCAACGACCAACCUCCUCCUCUCGCGAGGCAACGGAAAUCCCCCUUCCCCCUUCGGCGGGGGAGGGCUUUCACGAACGAGAGUGUGCACGACGCGCAGAUUGUGACGGGAAGACGCGCCCGAGAAGGCAAACGCUUCUGGAGAGUUAACUCGCCCCGAGAGGAACGAAUGACGGCGAGACGAGAGUUUCGCGAGCUCUCUCUCUCUCUCUGCGACUUAAUUUCUCAAAGAAUUCGGCUUUUUUUUUUUCUUUUCCGCGUGCUCGAGAGGUCUCUCGAGAAGCCUUCCUUAUUGAUUAAAAGAUUCGACAAGCCGAAAUUCUUUCGAAAAUUAACUCGUAGCGCCCGACGAACCCCUGAUGACCCUCUCUCCCGGGGUGAGUUAAUUCCGAGAGGCUCUCUCGCGGUUUCCAAGGAUUCCGAGGCUUUCGCGCGGAAUCCAAGACUCAAGAUUGUAAAUGUCAAGUCAACGAGACUCUCUCUCUGUUCGGUUCGACACCGGGGACCGACACGUCUAUCGUGAUCGAUCUCGAGCCUCGAUUCGCGAACGAACGAUGUAAAAUAUAUAUGUCGGGAGGCGCGAAUAAAUUUAUAUUAAUGUUGAUCGGCUUCAAACUGGCGAUUGUUCCCGAUCGCGAAAUAUAUAAUUUUAACGAUUAAGGGAAGACUCGAGAAUGCGAGAACGAAAGACGUGCGAGAAUCCUGGCUGUGCAGACCGAACGGAAGAAAAAGAGGAGAGAAAGCGCCAAAGCGUUUACUAAAUCUGAGCUGGAUCCGUCCGAUCCAGCUUGACACUGCCGAAUUUAUUCGAUCUACUCUCGUUGACGAGGAAGAAGUAUAUAUAUAUAUAUAUAUAUGUAGAUAUAUAUCGAGUAUCGUUUUCCCCUUCGCUCUACGCGUCUCGUCCACAUCCCGACAACAACGACAAAGCGACACGCGCAAUCGCGCACGACCCAAUUUCGCAAGCGCUAAAAAACGAAACCACCGCCGCCGAUGAAAUAGGAUACGACGAUAUCUGAAAGAGAAAAGAAAAAAAACAAACUGAUAAGGCAAAAAAAAAAUAGAAAAAUGAAAAAACACACACAACCUUAUUACCUCAUUGCAUUACCGUUAAUAAAGAUUUAAUACGAUAGAGAAA